UGAUGAAGACCGGGGAGAGCGGUCUGACCGUGUUCAGGCUCCUCACCAAGGAGAACCGCUGGAAGUGGGUCCAGGCCAACGCCAGGCUGGUGUACAAGAACGGCAAACCAGACUACAUCAUCGCCACCCAGAGGCCUCUCCUGGAUGAAGAGGGCGGGGAACACCUGCGUAAGCGCUCCAUGCACCUCCCCUUCACCUACGCCACAGGUGAGGCCCUGCUCUACCAGUCCAACCAUCCCAUCGCCGGCUUCAGGGACGGCAGCACGGAGAAAAACGGCAGCAAGUCGAAGAAGAGUCGGACCGACAGGCUGGUCAGGGACGGUCUUGACCCCGGCUCUCUUCUGGGGGCUCUGAUGAGUCAGGAUGAAUCAGUGUAUGUGUGCCAGCCGGCCCUGGAGCCCAAAAUGUCAUUUAGCAGCUUCUUUGAAGACCAAAUGGGCUUCUCUGAGUCUGAACCGCCCCGCCUGCACAGGAGCUGGGGCGAGCCCAGCAACGGCCUGUUGGGUCCCAGCAUGGGGGAGCCCGGCACGAGCUUCGACCCGCUGCUGGCCACCCUGGACUCGCUCUCGCUGGAAGGCCACGGGGUGGUGGACUCGGACGAGGGAGGGUGUUCAAACGGGGAACUGUUCGGGGCUCUGGAGGGUCUGGGUCUGAGUGCUGAGGACCUGGAGCUGCUCCUGUUGGACGAGCGGAUGAUCCGAGUGGAGAUGGAUCCUGAGCGAGUUCCCACGCUGGACGACCUGCUGACCAACGACGAGAUCCUCUCAUACAUCUACGACUCCAUCGAGGGCAAGACCGAGUCCUCGGACCACGGGGGACAGGCGCCCCCCAGCACCUCCUCAGCCACAGCCAGCACGGCGUCCGGCUCUGAAAGUAACCCCCCCCCAGACCCUAAUGUUCAAAUGCAGUUUCCUCACCAUAAGCCGGCCCUGGUGGGGCAGGCGCCCAUCGUCCAGCUCUCUCAGCAGAUGCAGCAGCACCUCAGCAUGCGACCGGGGAAGGUGUCACACAGCUGGAGCCAGCAGACCGACCGUAUGACCAACUCCAGGGUCAACGGAGACCCGCUGAGCCAGAACCAGACCCUCCCCAACGGGCAGUGGACGCCACAGGACAUCCUCUCCAGUGCAGGGAUUCAGGUGGACCACUUCAACACACAACAGACUUUCUUCAACGGGAAGGCCUCGGAUCUGGACAGCAGCGUGCAUCAGCCGCCGCCGCCACACCCACACCCACACCCACACCCACACCCACGUUUCCUUCAGACGCAGCAGCUUCCUCCCAGGAUGCAGAACCACCUCUCACAGCAGUGCCAUGCCAAACAGAAGGCAACCAACCUCAACGGACUCUGCGGUCUGUCCGGCACAGAGCAUCCUGCAGGGAACUCUCAGUGGCAGGACUUUGGGUUCAGCGAGAGUCUGGGCAGCAGCCUCGAUAACAGCCAAAAACCUCUGACCAACACCUCACUAGAUUCCUGCAUGGAUUAUAGCAUGCCUGAGAUUGACAAUGCGGAUUACUCUCUGAAUGGAAGUAGUAUGUUUGGGAGGAACGGACAGGGGCGAGUGGCCGAGUCCACGGUGUCCUCCUUCCAGGGGAUGAACCAUAAACGGCUGCAGGAGCAGAUCCCGGUCCCUUUGGUUCAGGUCAUCUCCAGCCUGUCGCAGUGCCCUCCGCCCAACGCCUCCCUGGAGCAGAUCCUGGGAGUGAGCAAGCCAUGCCGGCAGCGGGACCACUACGGCGUGGUGACCUCCGAGAUCCCUCACGACAGCAGUCCCAGUAAGACGGAGAACGGCUGCAUCCUGAACACCUCUUACCCGGGCGGCUGCGCUCUGCCUAACAUGAACGGAGCGGCGCCCCCUGCUGUGCAGAUGCCGGUCCCUGAGCCUCUGUCCAGCCUCCCCGACCCCCCAGCCACCGGUUUCUACCUCUGACCAGCUGACCAGGAUCAGUCACGCAGCAGGACUCUGUUCAAGUCCAGAGAGCUCUCUGGCGAUGACUGGACCAGCCUUAUACGUCUAGACCACAAACAAAGCGGAAUUAACGUAGGCCUAAUGUUUCUCUCAGUUUGUCCUUUUUAUUUGUUCGUCUGUCGGGAGGGGGCGGGGUCAAUGUGUCGUGUUUCAAGUCAUAUUAUCAUAUGAGUCCUUUGUUUACAAUAAUGCAGUCGAGAGUGGAGAGAGGAGUUUAUUUAAAGAGACACAGAGAGAAGACAUGGAGAGAAGACAUGGAGAGAAGACAUGGAGAGAAGACAUGGAGAGAAGACAUGGAGAGAAGACAUGGAGAGAAGACAUGGAGAGAAGACAUGGAGAGAAGACAUGGAGAGAAGACACUUUCACCUGCUUUCAGAUACAACUCCAAACACACGUUCAUCUGCUUUCAGAUACAACUCCAAUCACACGUUCAUCUGCAUUCAGAUACAACUCCAAUCACACGUUCAUCUGCAUUCAGAUACAAACCCAAACACUUCCUGCUUCCUGUCCCCUGUGAGGAUCUGUCUUCCUGUCCCCUGUGAGGAUCUGUCUUCCUGUCCCCUGUGAGGAUCUGUCUUCCUGUCCCCUGUGAGGAUCUGUGGCUUUAACUCUCCUCUUAGACAGCAUCUUAAAAUCAGACUAAACCCCUGAGGACGCUGAGCUCAGCAGGUCUCAGCUUUUUAUUUAUUGAGAAAAGAAUUUCGGUAAAUCAAAUGAAGAACAUGACACACCCGGCAUGUUGAGCAUGAACUUUAUUAUUAAUCAUUUUAAAAAGAGGAAGAAGUGUCCUUAAUAAAAAACAAAGAGUUUAUUUUGAGGCAAAAAAAAAAACCUACAGCUACAGUUUCAGUUUAAACUGAAGAAAUUUAAUACAGAAAAAAAUGAAAAAAUAUAUUUACAGACAAAUUUAAAAAAAAAAUGUAGUUAUUCUGGUUUCCUUUAAUUUUAGGGAAAUAAAUAUAAAUCAUUAACAUUUAAAAAGUUAGGAAGACGACACAAACCCUCUGAAGGUGUUCAUCAUGUUUUUAUCACUUCUCUGAGUUCUACAUUAAAAUAAGAAGAAGAAGAAGAAUCUUAAUCUGAAACAAAAACAAAAUGUGAUGAUGGAAUAAAACUUGAUGCAUUUUGUAUUCAGUGAACAAACAACAGGAGGGAGAGAGUUCCUAACAGUGGGGAUACAGCAGGUUAAAUCUGAGUGAACCACUGACCGAACCACUGACCUAACCACUGACCGAAACACUGACCGAACCACUGACCGAAACACUGACCUAACCACUGACCGAACCACUGACCUGCUGAAAACAGACUUUAAAAACAGAAAAAAGAGAGAUGGAAUAAUAAUAUCAGUUCAGACAUGUUUACAUGCUUUUGUCUUUAAGGGAAAUAAACUAUUAUUUUUUAUGUUUCAGAAAUCAGGCAGACAAACAAAGGUUCUGGAGACCUCAUCAUCAUCAUCAUCAUCAUCAUAAUAAUAAUAAUACUUUUUAUUUAUAGGCGCCUUUCUGGACACUCAAGGUCUCCUUAUAACAUAACAAACAGUAAAUAAACAACACUCACCAGUAAAUAAAUCAAACACAAUCACAAAGUGGAAGUGAAGUCAGUCCCAUAAAGACAUAGUAAAGUGAGCAGGCUUGUCAUGUUCUCCUCUUGAUUUUCUUUCAUUGAUACAGUAAAUAAUAAAAACAAUUAAAACAUAAAUCAUCUGUUGGGUUGAUUAAAAACUAAUUUCAUUUUAUAUAAAGUAAAAAAAUAAACAUCAGGAGACAGACCUCAGACGUGGAUCAGUUUGAUUUGUGUUUGUUUAACAGAAAAAACUAAAAUAAUCAAAUCUAUGAAUUCAAGUUAAACACUUUAAAUAAGAACAAAGAUCUCCUCAACUCCUCUUAAAGAGGUUAAAGACUUCUCUGAACUCUGAGGUAAAUAACUCAAACAUCUGAGGACGUCUGGUGUCCCACUCUUUCAUCUUUUUAUUCUAUUCAUGAACAAAACAAUCAAUCAUAGAAUAAUCAGGAACAUGAUGAUCAUUAAAAUGAGCUGUAAGCCCUGAAACAGGAGAAGCAGAGAGUUAAAGCUCAGAUGGGUGACUCUACAUGUUGAUGAAUGUUCUCACAGGACGAACACAGACGAGCGUCAGAUCUCAGUGUUCAGUGUUAGUGAUUUGUAUCUGAACGCACCAUGGUACACACACACACACACACACACACACACACACACACACACACACUCUAUAUCAGUCAGGACAGGGUCUGAUCCUGGCGGUGGACUUCAGCUCUUAGUUCCUCCGUCAUGCUAUAAGAAUGUAAUCUCUCUCAGUGGUUCCUCUGUGACAUGAGUCCGUACGUCUCCGUGAUAUUAAACCAUGAACGCUAGAAAUAUCCUGCACUUUAUUUCAAGCACCCACUCCAUGCAGCGCUGCAGUCAGGGAGGUGAUGAAGAGUUUCUGUUGAUGGACCGGUUUGUUUUUUAAUUUGAGGUACGUCUCAGGUGAAGGGUUAAUGUCCUCACAAGCACAAACACUUCAGUGUAUCUGUCAGCGUCAUCUGUUCGCUCCACUUGAAUCUUGAUUUUGACUUUGUUGAGCUGAGGAGGGUUUCUGGAGUUUUACGGCCUCCAGUAGAAGAAGUCAUUUUAAUUUGUCUGUAUUUAUUCAUGUCCUGCAGCAAGUAAGCAUACUUGAUUGUUUGAAGUCGAUGUGUCAGACAUUCUCUUGUACAAAAGCUGAAAAUGUAAAUCAUCCUCUAAGUAGAGAAGCAGCGGUUACACUCUCUCUCUCUCUCCAGGGAAUCAGUGGAAUCAGUCUCCAGACACAACCUGUACACGGAGCCACAGACUCCAGAGACCGAGGAAGAGUCCGACCUGUCAGGGGAACUGUCAUCUCUUAUUUAAAGUCAGAGUUUAAAAUCUCCACUAAACGUUCAUCUUAGUCAGAAAACAAACCCAGAGAGACGCUCCGGAAAGCAAACGUGCAAAGCAUGCUGGGAACACAGCGAGGCGGAGACGUCUAGUGUCCGCUCCUCUCCCUCAUCAGGUCGUAUUCAUGGAUCUGAAGGAAACAGAACAGGUGAACUGUGAGGUCCUAAACUCUGUGAAGCUCAGAGUAAAAAGACGCCUCAGUUUAAAACCAGAAGGGACCAGCAGAGGUCUGGUUCUGCAGAGAAGCUGCUGAAUGUAGUUUUAGUCUUCACACAGAUUAAAGUCCUCAUCCUGUUCCUGCUCUUCAUUCAUUAAGUUAAAGAACAGAUGCAUGAGGAUUAAAGCUUCAGUGAGGAACUCGAACGGUGCAAAAGCAAAUAAAAUAAUUCGAAUGAAUCACGUAAAGUCAACGUAGAGACGAGAGUAGACGUCUGGCAAUGCGAAUGAAGCGAAUUCAUUCGCUUGAAUGAUUUGCAAGAGUUGAAAUAUCUGAACUCCAAUCAGUGUGCAGAUCACCCGGUGACAUGCAGACGUGAAUAUAUGGGACACGUUUAUUCUAUCUGUGCAGCUAUCUCUGUGAAGUUAGCUCCGCCCCCUUUAGCAUAACCGGCUUCCCCAUUCGACGUCCGCGAGAUCAACCUUGACAUUAGACUGCUGUGGCGUGGGAACCCCCCCUCCCUCCCUCCACAAAUAUUCGCAUCUUGAGCGCUCAUUUACAGAAGAUGUUUGACACGCCAAUUGAGCGAGUCAUUCGCACGAAUAGCACGACCGUUCGCGUCUCGUGUGAACACGACAUCAGAGUGCGCCCCCUGUGGUCAAAGCUGUGCGUCUCAUCUCUGCUGAUGUUGCAGAUGUGUGAGCUUCGUCCUAAUCUUCAUGAAUCUUUGCUGUAAAAACAUGAAACAGACAAAAUGUUAAAACUCUGAUUUAAAGAAAACUUUGCAACACUGAGAA